CAAAAGAACAGGAGAGUGAGAGAGAGAAAGAGAGAGAGAGUUGCAGGUGGAAUUAAUGGAGCUUUUUCCAGCACAACCAGAUUUAUCUCUCCAGAUCAGUCCACCCAACACCAAACCCACUUCAACAACUUGGAGAACAUCAUCAUCGACAACUGAUGAAGAUCAACAUGAUUUAGAUUUAGGGAAUAUCUGGAAGAGAGCUUUCAACUCCCAACAACAGCAUAGCUCAACAAAAAGACCUGAACCCUCUUUCGGGCUCAACUUACCCCACCCAACACAUUCCACCAAUCCAGACCUAACCCAUCUCCACCACCUCCUCUCCCACCAAAACACCAAUACAGCAAAUCUCACCCACCAAAACCAUCAUCUGGGGUUCAGAUCAGAGCUAGGGUUCUUGAGACCCAUAAGAGGGGUUCCUGUUUAUCACCAUAAUCCCAGCUGUCCUCCUAAUCUCACAGUACUAUCUCACAAUCAACAUCAGCCUUUAAUAGAUUAUUCUUGCACCACCGCUCCAACUAGUAGUUCUUCCCUAAUUCAUGCCAAUAAUAUUGUCCAAUCAAGAUUCUUGUCUGCGAGGUUUUCGUCCAAGCGCAGCAUGAGAGCUCCCAGGAUGCGUUGGACUACAACUCUUCAUGCUCGGUUUGUUCAUGCUGUUGAGCUCUUGGGUGGCCAUGAAAGGGCAACACCCAAAUCAGUCCUUGAGCUAAUGGAUGUGAAAGAUCUCACAUUAGCACAUGUUAAAUCUCACUUGCAGAUGUAUAGGACCAUUAAAACAACUGAUAAAGCACCAGCUUCUUCGGGGCAAUCAGAUGUCCACGAGAAUGGAUCAUCUGGGGAUACUUCCGAUGAUAUAUUGUUUGACAUUCAAAACCUAAAGAGGACAGAUUCAUCAGUUGAACAUGGAGGAAGAGCUGAGGUCCAUCCUAUAAAAGAUCAUCGACAUGCAUUUUGGAGCAAUUCUUCAAGCAGGGAAGCUUGGCUGCAUGGCAAACAUAAAGAUUCUCAAGUAAAUAUGCCAUCUCUUAAGAAGGAAACCAAUUCAUCUAUCGGGGUGAACUAUGAGGGAUUAUUAGAAGUAAACUCAAGAAGUCUAUGCCCCACGAAACCCAAUCUGGAGUUCACUUUGGGAAGGCCACAGUAACAUGAUGCAAGAGGAUGAUGACGAUGACA